AGAAUGGCGGAAAGCUUUACUCAGCUUUAAUUUGUGAACUAAAGGUUUAAAUUCAAAUAUUUGAGCAAAAUGGAAAAUUCUGCAAAAACAGAAGAUUGUGAAAAGAUCUUUGAAGAUGAAGAGGCAGAUGUAGUUUACAAAACAGAACUCUCUGUCACUGUUAAUGAAAAUUUAACAAUUUCAAAAAGUGAAUCUUCUGAUGAAAAGGACACUAAUAGUGUACAGGAGGUCACACCAAGAAAAAGAAAACUGGAAUUUCAGGAUGAUCCUGAUGUUGAGACUGCAAGUUGUGGGGAAGGCACUCCAUCAAAAACAAGAAAGGUAGAUAAUGAAAUUAUUCUUGAGGAAAGAGCUGCAGCAGGGGAUGAAGAGGGCAUUUCACGAAAGAGAAAGUUAGAAACUGAUGAUGUUUCAAAAGAUGAUACUUCUACUUGUGGAGGUGGCACUCCUUCAAGAAAGAGAAAAUUGGAAGGUGAAGAUAUUCCUGUGAAACGCAAACCCUUAGAAGGACAUGGCGCAACAGUAGCUGCUUACUACAAUGAGCUUCAGGAAGUUGGCUUGGAGAAACGAAGCCAGAGUCGAAUUUUUUAUCUUCGAAAUUUUAAUAAUUGGAUAAAGAGUGUCCUCAUUGGGGAAUUUUUAGAAAAAGUGCGACAGAAAAAGAAACGUCACAUCACUGUAUUGGAUCUGGGAUGCGGGAAAGGUGGAGAUUUACUCAAGUGGAAAAAGGGCAAAAUUAGCAAAUUAGUUUGUACUGAUAUUGCUGAUGUUUCCAUCCAGCAGUGUCAGCAGCGUUAUACUGAAAUGAAGAAUCACUGCCGUGAUCAUGAGUAUAUUUUCAGUGCAGAAUUUGUAACUGCUGACAGCUCAAAGGAACUUUUGACUGAUAAAUUUCGUGAUCCAGAGAUUUGCUUUGAUAUUUGCAGUUGUCAAUUUGUAUUUCAUUACUCAUUUGAGACUUAUGAACAGGCUGAUAUGAUGCUCAGAAAUGCUUGUGGGAAACUUAGUCCUGGAGGAUAUUUUAUUGGUACUACCCCAAAUAGCUUUGAGCUCAUAAAACGCCUUGAAGCUUCAGAAACAGAAUCAUUUGGAAAUGAAAUCUAUACCAUAAGAUUUCAGAAGAAGGGAGAAUAUCCUUUAUUUGGAUGCAAAUAUGAUUUUAACUUGGAGGGUGUUGUGGAUGUUCCAGAAUUUUUGGUUUAUUUUCCUUUGCUGAUUGAAAUGGCAAAGAAGUAUAAGAUGAAGUUAGUGUACAAAAAGACAUUUUUGGAAUUCUAUGAAGAAAAGAUUAAGAACAUUGAAAAUAAAAUGCUUCUAAAACGUAUGCAGGGAUUAGAGCCGUAUCCAGCAAAUGAGAAUGCCAAACUUGCCUCGGGGAAUGUGGGUGAUUAUGAACAUGCUGCAAAAUAUAUGAAAAAUAGUCAAGUUAGAUUACCUUUGGGAACCUUAAGUAAAUCUGAAUGGGAAGCUACAAGUAUUUACUUGGUUUUUGCAUUUGAAAAGCAACCUUGAGCAUAAAACUGAUUUAGUCAAAAAAGGUGGUUUAUUCUACCUUAUACAGAAGUGGAGGAUUCUCAAUAGGCACUAGCAGCUUUGUUUUUAUCUCUUUUUUUCUUUGUUUAUCUCUUCUUUAUUUAAAAAAAAUAGUUUCACACAUGUAGGAUCCUCCAGAAAUCCAAUUAUCAAUCCAUUACUUGCCACUUCUGUGGGAAGAAGGGCCACAAUAUGAUGGAAUGUAGAACCUUUCUUAAGAUGUUUGGAAGGAAUACACAGUUUAAUAAUAGUUUUAGA